GAUGAAUGCACGCUAGCUAAAAAUGUGGAUGUCAACACGUGUACAAACACUUAUGGAAGCUAUAAGUGUUCCUGUUACCGUGGAUACCAGUUAAAACCUGAUGGCUUAACUUGCCAAGGUAAAAUUAUGAUAGUUUCAAGUCAUGGUCUUCAUACAAACUAGCCAGGGUAUCUUCUCGAUUGCCUAGACUUUUGCAGGUAGGAUUGUGAGGAUCAAAACGAUCGAUAUCCCGACAAUAAUUUUGAAAUCCCCCAACAUUUAUAAUCUAGCUCCCUGUUUAUCAAGGGCUUUCGCGAUCGCCUCGAUAUUACGUAUCGCCCACAAUCACAUCAGUGUUCCCAUGUGAUCGUCUUAAUCGCCCGGGCUCAUUUUGAAGACUACUUCUUUACAUUGCCUACUUCUAUUUUUAGGCGCGUAAAAUUUACUUGCGUACGUACGUAAAAAUUACACGACAGUGCAAAUCCAGCCCCUGUUUUAAUGUUUGACGCGAUUCUUGUGUUCUAAUUAUUUACGAAUGCACCAUGCAGCAAAGGACCUUUCCCUAUAUCUUCGUACAUUCAUGCGGUUUCUGUGGUUUUGUCAUACCUAUAAAUGUACCUUGCUUUCAACUUUUAUUCUAGUGCAAACCUAGAUCGAUUUGUAUUAGCAGUUAAGGUACACUGUAGCUACCUAUUACACUGUAAAAUGAAAAGAGCUAAUUUAUGGUCCCAAAAAAUGGGGCCAAGACGGGUGAGUCCAGAAUGGUACUGUUUUAGGGGCCAAUUCAGCCUUACUGAAAUGGGGAUGUUUUGGUACCAGUUUUGGGGGCUAAAUUGAUACCCCUCAAAAGGUAGCCGAUUCAGCUCCACGUUGGGCCAUUUCAGUAGUUGAUGGGUCUUUCAAAUAAUGAAAUCAAACUUAAGUUAAAGUUUUCAAACAUUUAUUCAGUUAUAAGCAAGUUACUGUACUCUUUUUUAGCCAAAAAUAAUGAAGUAUAUCUGUUAACUAUGUAUCAUAACAAUGUGUAUUCCAACAUAUGUAACAUACACCUUCCAACCUAAUAAUCUUUGGAAUUGUAGGAAAUUGGGCAAGAGUGACACCUGAGUGCAAUCCGACUAAAUCCCUUAAAAGCUGGUUUUCACUCGUGACAAAGUCAGGGUCAUAAUCAGAGUCGAAAGAGCACUUAUGACCUGGUGAAAAUCAAAAUUCACAGUCGCAGGGGGAGUCAUACUAGAAGCUUGAUGGAAUUGGAGUCAUCAGAAUUUUCUAUUCUUCAUAUUCUGCUUAUGCUGUAGAAAACCAGAUUAAGCAGGAGUACUGUGGAAAGAUAAACCAGUAACAAUGCUUGUUCCCAUGCUUUGUGAUUGGUUUAGGUCUUCAGCUUCUGCUUGCAACGCCAACAAUACAACCUAUAGUUUUCACUAGAUGGAAAGUGAAAUAGUCGUAAUUGGAGUAAUUAUACUCGGUUUUAACUAGAUCAACACUGUGCGCUUUUGAUUACGGUUCGGGCUCUGUACCCAUCGCCAGCAAACAAGCCUUUAAUGACUCAUUAUGUUUAAAAUAUCUUGCCAAAUCUUGGUCUAUAAGGGUGAAAGAGUAACAGCAUGGAGCCCAAAAGUGUGACUGCUUUUGAUUUAUUCACAUUCUUUCGUGGAGAUUUAAUCCAAUCAGAAGCCAGCUGGGAACUGUACUUGACUUCCAAUUGGUUGAUGCCUGCGUGGAAGAAUGUGAGUUAAUUAAAGGUAGGUUACACUUUUGGGCUCCUUGCUGUAAAGAAUAAACAUUCAGCAAGAACUCAGGCAUUUGCCAGGUCAUUUUAAAAAAGGGGCGAAAACACUGACAAAUGUCUGCCCCAGUCCACUUUCAAGCAAUGCUAGAUCUAGAAAAGUCAAGAUGGCUUUGCACUGGGUGUAUGACACGUGAAAUACAUAAAAACACCCAGGCAAUACUCUCACUGCCUCAAAAAUCUUCUUCUGAGGGAACUGGCAAAGAAUGCCUCUCUUUGUUACAACAAAUUACGGCCGCACUCUCAGUUUUUUAAACGAGUUAACUUUAGUUAGUUAAUUGGAAAUAACUCGGUCAAGUCCCCAAGUGCGGCCGCAGCCAUUGAUGAAUGCGCAGAAGGUACCGGCGGCUGCAAUGAUAACGACGGAAGUUUCACGUGUGCUUGUAAGAGCGGCUUCAGGCUACAAAACGAUAAAAAGUCUUGUGGUGGUGAGUAUUUCAAUCAAAUCAAAUUAUGUGGAGUUAACCUGUCAAAUGAUCUGCAUUAGUCUUAUAAGUUAAAGUGUCUUGUUUGUCAACAUUGUUUUUGCUAUUCAAAUCAGGGGCACCCAACGAGGAUAUAGUUCAAAACCACUCAACAAAGCAUUGUUGAACGUAUUUUAGUAUUUAAACGGUAUAUAUAGGCAUAUUUUUAUCCCCUAAAAACUUUUCAUCUAUUCGGAUUUCCUAGCUGAAAGUCUAGUGAUCCGAAAAUUAUAGGGAUAAAAACUUACCUUUUCGAAAAUUUCAGCCAGGAAAAGGCUCCCGAAAAUUCUAGGUGGGCUUUUUUAGGGUAAAAAUCCGUUAAAAAUGGGUAAUUAUACCAUUUUGUAGAUGUUCGAAAAUCCUAGGAGAGACAGGCAAGCAAGGAAUUUUACAAUAAAUGUUCCGAAAAUUCUAGAUCUAAAGUCGUCUUCCGAACAGAUAUUUUCCGAAAAUUGUCGUUGGGUGCCCCUGUCAAAUGUGUCAGCUACUGAAAUGAAAGAACCCAUUGUCUCAAGAGCUAAUUAAGCCCUGGUUUGCAAUAGGCGUCAAUAGGUGACGUUACGUGAAAUAAGGCUAUUAUAUUCCUGGGUAUUGCUAGCAGCAAUAUGCCUGCUCAUCUCUAUUUCUAGUCUUCCUCAUUUAUUUCCUUUCUUUUUUGAUAUAUGGGCAGACAUUGACGAAUGUAUCGAGAAUACAGAUGCAUGCGACAAGUCAACUACCACUUGCCGAAACUCGGUAGGAAGCUACUCUUGCACAUGUCGGCCUGGCUAUGAAAGAUAUAAUCGGUAUCAGUGCAACGGUAAAUUGCUCUUUUAUUUAUUUAUUUAUUUAUUUAUUCAUUUAUUUGUUUAUUUAUGCCUCUCCCCAACCUAAACUGCUCUUUACAAAGAAUUUUGCCUCCAUCAUCUGUGGUCUGAUUACUGGCCACUGAGGACCAGAAAAAGAAGGGGGGAAAUAACUGUGGGAAACUGGACAAUAAAACCAACGAUCAAAAGGAAGAAGACAAUAAAGAUAAAUAUAGGAGUCGUCGCCACACGAUAUUCGCGGCUGGUUACCCAACCAAUUUCUAAUUAAAACUGCGACAGGCAAGGCUUAUCUUGGGUUCAUCAACGAGUUUGCGAGAUACGUACUUCUAUGUUUGAUUAUAAUCAAGUAAUUCACGGUAAAGACAAUAAAGGUCAGGAAAAAAAUAGUAUUCCUACGAGGCCUAACGCUUAGUGUGAUAAUCUUGUAAUAACUCUUGUCUAAAGCUGUCUUGUGAUUUUUAAGUACCUGGGUGUUGUUCUUGAUGACACCCUUUCCUUCAAUGGCCAUGUGGACUAUGUGAGGAUGAAGGUAUCUAGGAUACUCAGAAAGUUCUCUAGAAUAAGACCUUCACUUACGCUAAAAGCUGCAAAUAGACUCUUUAAAGCCAUAGUCAUCGGGUUCUAGAUUAUUAUGAUGCUGUGUGGCAUGAAUGUGGACAAGGAAACAGUGACAAGAUUGAACGACUACAAAGACGAGCAGCGAGGAUCGUCUACUUCAAAGCUACCUCAAAACUAUCAACUGAUCAAAUUAUGACCAAAAAACUGGGCUUGGAACCUCUCUAUUAUAAAAGACGGCCACACAUUUUAAGAUUUGUUAAUGAGUGCAUUGCAAAUAGAGUUCCCAGAUACAUUUUUAAUUAUUUCAAUGUAAGAAACCAUGACAUUCACCGCCACAAAACUAGAAAUAAUAAUGACCUUAUGAUAGAAAAAGUUAUUUUAGAAUGCACCAAGCGCGCUUUUUUUUACAGAGGUGGAAACAUUUUUGAUAAUUCUUAGAAAUUACAACUGUUCGAAACUUCCUUUUAGUGUAACUAUUUUAUAUUAUUGUUAAAAUUUUUUUCGAUUUUUUAUUUUUAAAUUUUUACAGGACCUGCAUUGAUAGCAGUUUUUUCUUAAAACUGAUGCGGUAAUCCUGUACAAUUAUGUUUAUUAUUAUUAUUAUUAUUAUUAUCAUUAUUAUCAUUAUUAUUAUUAUUAAAUAACAUAAAAGGCAAAAAGCAUUUAUUUUUUCGAUUGUUUCACACAGUCUUCAUCAGCAAAUACUGCCUUCGUCGCUGUUGAACACAUAAGUUUUAUAGAAAUAAGUCAAACAUUCAUGACGGUUGGUAACUCACCAUGUUUAAGAUGUAAGGGUCUCUUAAAAAGCUAUAUACAUACAAUCCAAUUCUGUUCAGAAUCAAUUAUGUUAUAAUUCUCCCAUCCUCCCAAUCUGUUCUCAUCUGAACCAACUCACGUCGAUUUAAUAUUCUCAAGAGUAUUGUUUUCUCUAAUUUCCUCACUCCACCUGUUUUUGUCGGAGAGACAUCGACGAAUGUACAAAAAAAAUACCCAUCAACGCGUGCUAAACUCCACCUAUUGCUAUAACAUUGUUGGAAGUUACGAAUGCAAAUGCCGCUCAGGAUUUGAACCAGAUCUCAACUCAAUAUACCAGUGUACAGAUAACUGACUUUUAGUAAAUAUUUGAAGUAAAUAGACCUUUUUGCUGAUGGGAAGCAAUGGGACGUGAAUUGAAUGUAAGACACCCUGAGGUACCCUUGUAGCGAGCACCAAGUCAACUCGCUGACGGAAAAGAAUAUAACUGAAGCAGCAACAUUCACACGUUAAUGAAGGAAAAGAGGCUUAGUAGCUCGUGUUAUGUGUUAUGUCCAUGCUGGUCAUGCCUCACCAGAACGAAGUAACGAAGCGCAACUGACUCACAGCUGCAAUCCAGUGAUUCACAGGACGAUUUAGAAAACGACACGCAAUUGGACUGUUCUAAAAUAGUCGUAGUUUUGUGGUACUGUUCCAGACGCAGCCGUCGAAAAACGUUACAGUACAAUUGGAGGGAAUUCGUUUAAAUCUUAGUAGAGGGGGAAACUGGUCAUAUUUUUUGUGACUAGGAAGACGGGUUAGAGCUAACUUUCCUUUGUUGGCAGGCGGGGGGACGCCACGUAACAGUGUUACUUUACGUAAGACUCAUGUUUCAGUUCUCUUCAUUCAGUGACCUAUCGGUCAUUAUUACCGAAGAAAACCUUUCGGAAAUCGCUAGUUUUUAUGAUCCUUACAAUUCGUCCUCGUUACUUGUCAUCCGCGGCGGUUGAUUGGCUAGUGAGGAAUAGCAGUAGAGCUAUUUCAAUGAAAGCUGUCUCUUUCGUGCGUAAAGACAGACCUUUAGUUUCCAAAACGAGAACGAGUACGAGAACGAGAUUUCCCAAUACGAAGUUGUGCGCGCGCUUGAACCAGCGUCAUUUUGGCUCGAAAAAGUGGUAGCCGUCGUCAUUCUAUUGCGGGUUUCAGCGAGAAUAUCGCAGUGGCGGAAAUAUGUUAUCAACGGAAAGAAGUUUUAUCAUUUUGCGAUCGACCAGGACAGGGCUUAGCCAUUUCUUCAAUGAAAAUAACCAUGCAAACUCUUCUGGUGAAAAAAACAAAACAAAAACAAAAGAAAGUAAAAUGAAGCUAUUUUCCGGGGUGCAUAUUUUUUGAGAAUACGCUAAAGAAAUUGAUAGAAGUUUAAUUUCAUCCUCGAGGUCGUCUCACUCGAACCUAAAGAUCCCUAGUAACUGUCUAAUGAUCCAUCUAUUUUGCACGUACUUGUCCACAUUCAAAUCUUAUAUAUAAUCAUAAUUUUACUUCAGAUAUCAACGAAUGCUUGAUUAAUAAGGGUGGGUGUAGCCACAAUUGCAUUAACCUGGAUGGCACUUACAUCUGCUCUUGUCCGAAUGGCUAUGAACUUGAUUCAAGGAGAAAGAACUGUGUUGGUAAGAUUUCUUUGUAUUUCACAUUUUUGCUUUGUCGCACCCUUAAUGUACACUGGAGUGAGAUUGUGCGGGACAACCAUCGCGGGGUUGAUUGAACAAAAGUUGGGAUUCAUCUGGCAAACCCGCAGCUUUUGCAGGGCGAAUUAUAUCAUCACCCAGUGGCCAAAGGUGAAGGAGCCUUUCAACUAGUUAAAUUUUCUAUGACUGUUUUUAGGCCUAAGAAGAAAUUCUUGAACCUUAGCAAGAUCAACUGUCGAAAAUAACUUUAGAAGUUGUGCAUAAGCCUUACAAAAAUAGAUAAUAUUUUUCGAUAAUGAUAAGUACAUGAAACUUUGAUUAGGACAAAGCUGUUGAAGUCCGAUAUUCUGGAAUAUAAUAUUCUAGGCCAAACGUCGAACUUUUCAUGAGACGAACCAAACUUAGGGAGUUAAGUUAUGAAACGUUAGACGUCUGGCUCAGUAAAGUUCGUCUGAAUGAGUAUGGAUCGUCCAACACGUCUUAUCCGUCUUCUUCAGACGGAUAGAGCGUCUAUAGAACGUCUGGGAUAUAGAUCGAUCUUCACAUGAGCAAACUAAUCUAAUAAAUUGAAAAUUAGUAUGAUAAUGUAUAUUUAGCCUCGCUCGUGAAAAACAUUUAGUGCUGAUCAUAAAUUUGCUUUUUGAUCUGAUUCAGUUGAUUGGUUCGACGCGUGCUAAGUUUGAUGUCUGACCCAACAGACAAUCUUAAUAUAAUUUAGGUCGACCCAAGUUAGAGUUUGGUUCGUCUCAUGAUCGAUCAUGAAAAGUUCUACACUGACGACUCCGUUGAGGUUACAAAAUUUAAGGUAACUAAUGGGGAAUUCUACUUAGUUAAUGCUACUUCUUCUGUUGGCCUAGGCCUCACUCGUUUAUUUAACACAAAUGACUCAAAUAAAACAGCUGUAUAUGUAUGUGUGUACCUUUAUCUCAUAGUGCUUUGUUGAAAAUAACUAAAAAUCACUUUAAUUUUAUUUCAAAAGAUAAAGAUGAGUGCGCACUAGCUAACGGUGGAUGUCAGCACACGUGUACAAACACUUAUGGAAGCUAUAACUGUUCCUGUUACAGUGGAUACCAGUUAAAACCUGAUGGCUUAACUUGCCAAGGUAAAAUUAUAAUAGUUUCAAGUCAUGGUCUUCAUACAAACUAG